UUAAUUAGUAUUAGAUCUAGUUGAUCAAGAUUCUAGAUCUAUAUUCUAGAUCUAACUAAAGGAGACACAGAUUUUAGUUUCAUUAAUGUUUUAAAACUACAUUAAUUUACAGUUAAUUUGAUGCUAAUUUUAAUCAUCAGAAUUAAUUUACAACCUAGAAAAUUAUCUUUGAAAAUUUUAAUUACUAUUAAAUGUAAAUGAUGCUAUGACUGACAUGGUGUGUUCAUUUUUAAGGAGUGUUAGAUGCGAUAGUUUGUUCUGCACAAGUGUGUCUUUUGUGUUAGAGUUCUUCCCAUUGAAAUAUACAGCAGACUUAGUCUUGUCUGUUGCCUUGAUCAAGGCCAAGCUUUAGUCAUCAAUUUACCAGAUAAAAAUUAUACAGAAUGGAUGAGGAAGCUGAUUUUAAAACAUUGCCGAGCCAAUUCGAGUUCCUACAGGAAUGCAAUGAAGAAAAAGUGUGCGAAUUAUCUCCUAACAUUACUUUAGCUGACAUUAAGCCUGAUGUAGUAACAUCUAAAAUAACUUUAGAAGAAGUAAAACCAGAUGUAUCAAUUUUAUUAUCCGCUUUUAAUGACAUUAAAUCAGAUGUAUCUCCAGCUUUAGAAAAUAUGAAAGUAGAUGUAUCAACAUCAUUUACAACUGAUAACAUUGAAUUGAAUUUAGGAACAUCGUGUAUAGCUUUAGAGGACUUAAAACCAGAUCUAUCAACUUCUUUUUCGACUACUGAUAAUACGAAAUUAAAUGUUUCUCCGUCAUUUUCAACAUUUGACAACAUGAAAGUAGAUAAAUCAACAUUGUUUUCAAACUUUGAAGAAGGAAAGCCAAUUUCAUCAUUCAAGAGUGAAAACCAAAAUAGUUUUGAUGAACAAAUACAACCUCUACCACAUUUAACUACUUGUGAAGAAAAAAUCCCAUGUAUUGAAUCAGAUAUUUGGACUGAAUUAAAAGAACUUAAGAUUUUGCUCACCCAUUCAAAUAAUAUUUUAUCUUCAAAUGUUCCCCUAAUUCAUAAGGGAACGGAAACCAAUCAGUGUAGUGAAUGUAAAAAAUUUGCCUGCAUGGACCACAUCGUGUCAAAUUUGGAAAAAACUGAGAACUCAGAGGAAGAGGCUGUACGUUCAGAAAGCUGUAACCAUGUUAAAGAGCAUAUAAAAAAAAAUACAGGUGAGAAACAACAUAAGCCUGUUUCUUUACUGCAAAACACAAUUCAUCAAAAAGAUAUGCAACACAAAUUUGACUCAAGUCGUGAAAAGAUUCCUAAGAAAGUUGUCUCGUCAAAGCAUAACAAAGCUCAGUUUGUUAAUAAGCUGCAUCAGUGUGACAUUUGUCACAGAAAUUUUUCUUGUAAAGCUUUUUUAUCCACACAUAAAAGAAAUAUUCAUUCUGAACAUAAAAAGUUUAUUAACCAAGCUAAUAUAGAGCUGCAUAAACAAAUUCAUUCUGGCCAAAAACAACAUGAAUGUGACAUUUGUCUUAAAAAGUUUUCUCUUAUAGAUAACUUAUUAUCACAUGAAAAAACCCAUUCUGUAGAUAAACAAUAUGAAUGUGACAUUUGUCACAAAAAGAUGGCACGCAAGUCUAAUUUAGUCAUACAUAAAAGAAUUCAUUCUGGUCAUAAACCUUAUGAAUGUGUUAUUUGUCAUAAAAAGUAUGCUCAGAAAAGUGCUUUAGUAUCACAUGAAAAUGUUCAUUUUGGAGAUAAAUUGUAUGAAUGUGACAUUUGUCACAACAAGUUUUAUAACAAGUCAAACUUAACCGCACAUAAAAAAAUUCAUUCUGUCCGUAAAUCUUAUGAAUGUGACAUUUGUAACAAAAAGUUUCUUUACAAGUCAAGUUUAGUCAAACAUAAAAUAAUUCAUUCUGGCCAAAAACAAUGUGAAUUUGAAUGUGACAUUUGUCACAAAAAGUUAUCACGCAAGUCUAAUUUAGUCGUACAUAAAAGAAUUCAUUCUGGUCAUGAACAUUUUGAAUGUGACAUUUGUCACAAAAAGUUUCUCCACCAGUCUAGUUUAACCAAACAUAAAAAAAUUCAUUCUGGAGAUAAAUUUUAUGAAUGUGACAUUUGUCACAAAAAGAUGGCAUACAAGUCUAGUUUAGCUAGACAUAAAAAAAUACAUUCUGGUUAAAAAGCACAUGAAUGUGACAUUUGUCAUAGAAACUAUUCUCAGAAAACUUCUUUAGUAUCACAUGAAAAAAUUCAUUUGGCAGAUAAACCUUUAGAAUGUGACAUUUGUCACAAAAAGUUUCUUUAGAAGUAUAGUUUAGCCAUACAUAAAAAAAUCAUUCUGGCUAAAAAGCAUUUGAAUAUGAAUUAGACAUUUGUCACAAAAAGACAGCAUACAAGAAUUAAUUUUUGCGAAAAACCAUAUAAAUGAAGCAUUUCUCACAAAAAGUUUUCUCAGAAAGUUUGUUAUAACACGUAAAAACCACUUGAAUGUGACAUUUGCCAUUGAAAUUUUGCCCAGAUAAUGAAUCUUUUUUCAUUAAUUAGUUAACAAACCUUGUCCUUUUAUUGUUUAGCAUUUAUGAUAUUGUACAUUAUUAGAUUCCAUUAAAUUCUAUAAUAGGGUAUCUUGUUGUUAGAAGAUGCAAUGGAUUGUGCAUAAAGGGAGGUUUCAUUAGAUGUAGGUGGCAUGGGGUGGUGUGGGGGUCAAGCACAUGUUCACUGGGCAGUUACCAUUUUUAUGAAAAAUUAAUUCUAAUAGCCUAAUGUCCUGAUCAUGUACUUUUGUACCAAAACAAAGAACACAAUGUGUAAUUUUUUAAAAAUCAGUAUUGCGAUAUUGUAUUAAAUUACAUUGUGUUGCAUUAAGUUUUACAUAUUUUGUGUGUGAUUUUUAUGUGUAGUGUUUUUUGUUGAGUUUUGUUAUAUUGUAUUUGUUGUUUCUACAGAGUUAUAACUUAAAUAUUUGGACCUUAUGGUGGGGUUUAACAAGGCAGCAUCAGUAGAUGGGGCAUGAAAGAGAUGAAUAUACUAUGUGUAGAACCAUCUUCUGGGAUAGUAUACAUUAUGUUUAUCUAAAAACCACAAUAGUAUAUUUUAUAUUCUAAACUAUUUUAUCUAAAUGAAUACACAGAUAUAGUGGCUCUUAUGUUUAGAGGUCAUGACCCACCUAUAUCAUUGUAAUAAAGUUAGUCUAAAGACAGCUUUCUUGUAAUUACAUUACUUCAAAACAUAUUUCACCACAGUUUAUUUAUCUUGCAAUAUAGACAUAAAUUCUUAUAUUUCUAUAUCAGUAGCAACGCCUGCUUCCAUUCCCUUUUCUUUUUAUCUUAAAAUUAAAAGCCUACAAAACCUAAUGAUUGAGAGAAUGUAUUUUAAACUGUUUUAUCUGAAUAUUGCCCAGUAUAUUGGCUAGUUAUAGUAGUAAGCAAAGUUUAAGAUGGGAUUUGUUACAGAUAACAUGAAAUAGAGAAAGAGAAUCAAAGCAUGGGACCAGUUAAAAAAAAUUUAAAAUCAAAUUAAAUAGAAUAAUUUUGGUGUGUUUAUUUUUAUAUUUAUAUAUUGGCUGGGAUUUUUUGGGCCUUUUAAAAAACAUUGAUUCUUACUCUAAAUUUGCUUAAAUAUUGAUUUGGUAUUUUAUAUUUCAAUCAUGUAAGUUGCAUUGAAAUUUUUUUUGGAUCCAGUAGUGGAUCUAAAACAGAAAAUUCAACAUUAGUGAUCUAAGGUUGUUUUUGGAACUGUACACAUUUUCAUUGUUUUUCUUUGUUGAAAAUCUUAUUUUUAUUGUACCAGGUGUACUUACUGAAAAUGUUCAAAUAAAAGUUUAGACUUUUAUAUAACAUUCAUAAGGUAAUAUGUUUUUUUUUGGUCGGUUGUAUCUGACCCUUGCCCCACCAAGUGAUCUAUUUCUAGAUUAUUGUGUUGGGAAAUUUACAUAUUAUGGUUGUUUCACUUUGUUGAAAACCUUUUAUUUUUUCAUAAGGCCAUUUGUAGUAGUUGAAAUUUUGUUCAAA